AAAAUAAUGUAAAAUCACAAAAACUUUCAGUUUUACUUCCUCACGAUUCUUCAAGUAGCGCUAAAUCCGUCUCUGACCGUUCUAGUCCGUUAUCUGAAACCCGUAUAAAUGCUUUAAUUCCAGAAAUAACUCAACUAAAAUUGAAUAAAUCAUCAGACGACGACGAUGAAUACAUGAUUGAAUUAAAGCUGAAUGAAGGCAAUAAUAUGCGUUGUUAUACCUAUGAUGAAGAGGUACCUGAUUUACCAAGUGAUUUGGUAAUUAAUGACGAAAGUUCUUCAGGAUCCAAAAAUUGUGAAAAAAAGCUAAUUUCUUUGGAAAUUAAUGAGCGUGCAAAGAAUAUUGUUAAUCAAUUAAAACAAAGUGGAAUGAAUACUAUUCAAGAUAUUAAAAUACCUUUUGUUCCAUCACUUACAGUCGCCAAAGUUGUACGUGAUGGACUUGUACGAAGUUUUCCAACAACUUUAUUGGUAGAAGGUGACAUUGUAGAAAUGUUAUACGGUGAUAUUGCCCCAUGUAGAAUGAAAUUGAUUUCUGAUAAUGUCCCAAAAGAAUUUUCUGUAAAACAAUUGGAACUAUCACAAGUUUUUAAACCAUCAUUUUUUAGUGGAAUGUCAUCAAAAGAUUUAUGGGAGAUGCAUAUUAAAAAUAAAGGAAGAUAUCAAUUUGUCCUUUUGGAAACUCCAUGGUCAAAUUGUUUAAGGGCUGUAUUGAAACAAAAGCGACCUGCAACAAUCAUUGCAAAACAAGCUGAAAUUUUGGACCGAGUCUUUCUCCAUUGGCUGAUAUUCGUCAUACUUGGAGUGACUUUAGUAACUAACCUUAUAAGAUACAUAUUAAAUGAUGGGAUAAGAAAUUAUCAUUAUGAUCAAGCAUUUGAAAUAUUGUUAGUGUUGCCGAUAUACUCGAUUAUUCCAAUAAUUCCAUUAGCAUUUCCAAUAUUAUGGAUUAUUACGCGUAGUUUUGCAAAUGCAACUUUAUUGGUUUUAUUUGAAGACUUACAAAUAUCCGAAACUGAAUAUGAAGAAUAUGAUGAGAUGGAUGAGUUUGAUGCAGAUGCACCUCCACCUACGAAAAACGUUCAGAUUGAUAGAGCAUCGGUUGAUCAAAUUUUGUUUCCAAACGAAGAAGAAGAUAUAACAGUUCUUGACAUAGCAGAGGAUCCAAGUACCUCUUUUCGUGUUAAAUUUGAGGACCAGGACUGGGACCAACAUUUAUCGAAAAAUUCUAGCUUUCACAUUCAAGCUAAGAUAAAACCUGCAAGACAAUCAUGUUUAUGCCGUCUUGGUAAAGAAAUUGGAUUUACCGAUGAUGCUCUACAAUCUUUUAUAAAAAGAAAAGAAAUAUUUGUAAAUGCGCCAUGUCAUCCGUCAUUAAAAGAUCGCAUAACAAAGGAUCAAUGGGAAGUUCCUAGCAUGAAUUCCUCGAUUUACGAAGAACUUAAUUCAGGUGAUACUUAUAUUGUAUUGCCAAGUCCACAAGAGGCUGAACUUAUGUCUGAUUCCGAAGAUUCCGAAGAUCAGGAUCUCUCCUUGUCUCAAUUAGUUAGAUUACAUCGCCUGAAAAAUGGCUUAUUGGAAGCAAAUCUCCAUGAUUUUUCAUUUGACCAAGAGAACACAACUUCUCAGGAUGAAGAGUUGUUUUAUCAGGAUGUUAUUCAGGGACAGAUUUUCCUGGCAAUGGCAACACUUUGUCAUCAGCCUAAACCAGAUGUAUGCAAUUUCAUUGAAGAUCUUAGAUUAGCUGGUAUUCGAUUUGUUUAUUUCUCAUCUACUGCCGAAAGAGAAAGCAAAGCAUAUGCAGAAAGACUUGGCCUUGAGACAGAUUGGAAUACCUGUAUUUUACUUUCUUCACCCGGUGAUGAAAAUUCUUUUGGAGAUGGUUAUUUGGAAUCUCAUGACAUAAAAGCUCGUCUUCCACGUGGGAUAGUUAAUAUAAGGGAUCAUUUAAUGGUAUCAAAAUUUUAG